UUGCCCACAAGAACCUAAUUGAUUUUUUCAUUAGUUGAUUCCAGUUAAAAGUUACAAAAUAUCAUCGGAAAUGAAGCUCGGAACAAAAGACGAUCCGGCAAAUAUUCCAAUCGUGGACGCGUCGGACGGUGAGGAGGACGAUGAUGCGCAUGAAACUUCUAGCAUUGGUAGCACUUGCACCGACAACACCUCCAAUGGGAGCGAGAGCCAUCCGAACCGGAAGAAGCACAGACGACCGAAGAAGAAAAUACCCAAAGUGGCCCGACCGUUUUAUAAAUUUGCGUGCUACGUGAAGGAAGAUCACGCACAGCCACUUUUCGGAUGCCAGUUUAAUCAUAAUUUGAAAAAGGGCGAACUACCAGUGUUCGCUGCCGUCGGAAGCAAUCGGGUUACGAUAUAUCAGUGUUUGGAAAAUGGAGAUCUCAAACUGUUGCAGUGCUAUUCCGAUCCUGACGUUGACGAAAUAUUCUACACUUGUGCGUGGUCGCACGAGAGCGAAACUGGACGUCCAAUCCUGGCCGCAGCUGGGCUGCGGGGAGUCAUCCGGGUUUUCAGCCCUGCAACGUUUAACACGGCUAAGCACUACAUAGGCCAUGGGCACGCCAUCAAUGAGGUCAAAUUCCACCCGAAGGAGUACUAUCUGCUGCUUUCGGCCAGUAAGGACCAUUCGCUGCGUCUGUGGAACACGAAAACCGACGUGUGCAUAGCGGUUUUCGGUGGUGUGGAAGGUCACAGGGACGAAGUGCUGAGUGCAGAUUUCGACAUUCUGGGAUCGAGAAUCAUAACCUGUGGGAUGGACCACUCGUUGAAGAUGUGGCGUCUUGAUACGGACACCAUGAAGGACGCCAUCCGGGGUAGUUACACUUUCAACGUUUCCAAAGCCAUGUAUCGGUUUCCGACGGUCAAUGAACACUUUCCGGUCUUCUCAACGCGAGACAUCCACCGGAACUAUGUGGACUGCGUGAGAUGGAUGGGCGAUUACAUCCUGUCCAAGUCGUGCGAGAACACAAUCGUGUGCUGGAAAGCGGGCAAGAUCGACGAUGUGGAAGUAAAAAACAAUGAUACGACGACAACGGUUUUAACUACACUCGAGUACAAGGAGUGUGACAUUUGGUUCAUCCGGUUUUCGUUGGACUAUUGGCAGAAAUUUUUAGCACUGGGUAAUCAAAAUGGUAAGACCUACAUUUGGGAGUUGGACACGGAUGAUCCUGUGCAUCCCAGGUGUAGCCAGCUCUAUCAUCCCAAAUGUACGACCGCCAUUCGGCAGACGUCCUUCUCUAGGAAUGGCGAUAUUCUGAUUUGUGUCUGUGACGAUGGCACCGUCUGGCGCUGGGACCGAACUAUGCAGAGCUGAAUAGCUGAGGGACAUUCUUCCAUUUUAUUUUAUUUUUUUCAUGGUAAAUGUGUAUUUAUUUUUAAAGC